UCCUUGCGCGAGGGCGUCGCAGCCGGCGCCGGUGGCCGUUAGGUGCGCGCGUGCGGCCGCCGCCACCAUCAUGUACUACAAGUUCAACGGCUUCACGCAGAGGCUGGUCGGGGCCGCGGCGUCCGCCGCCUACAACCCCCAGGGACUCAAACCAAUAGUAUCUACUGAAUCCCCACCUUUGGUUUUUGGGACAACAACUAAACUUGCUUCAGAUUUACCAGCAGAUGAUUCUUUCUUGGGUAAAAACAAGGUGCCAGACCUACAGAAACUUUUUCAGAAAGCAGACGGGCUGCCAGUCCACCUGAAGCGGGGAGUUCCGGACAAGCUGCUUUAUCGGACCACGAUGGCUCUAACAAUAGGCGGGACUAUCUACUGCCUGGUAGCUCUGUACAUGGCCUCACAACCAAGAAACCAAAAGUAAUCGAGCCCAAACGAAUGGGACUAACGGCAUUUCCCUGAAGGACCUCCUGCAGCUGUCUCUCUCCACUUGCUUUUUAACCCUGUGAUCAUACAGAGUGUGUUAUUUAAAUUAAAUGCCUUUGAGAAAGUAUUUUUAAAUGAGUUGCCCUAUAUAUUUUGGAAAUCACAUAAGCAAAUACUUAAAGCCAUCAUUCUAGCCUAUGAUUGUAGGCUUGCUUUUUGUGCAGGAGUUGUAUAAACCGUUGGAGAAAGUUUACUUUUUUUUCUCUCCUCUCCUUCCCUUCCACCAGUCAAUGCCAGAGCUAGGGCAGGAGAAAAACUUUUGGGGCAGUAUCCAUGACCCUCAGUGGGGAGAUGCGAUCAGUUUCCAAAUAGUAAAGCAAAUUAUUUAAUUACUACUAGACACCAAGAAUGUGUUCCUGUCAUAUGCACCUCAUUUUACAUAAGCACAUGGCAAUGGAACUUUUCCAAAUACUGCAAUAUAUAUUAAAUAUUUGUACCUUUAGUGACCUUUAGGAGAAAGGCCUUAUCUCCUUUGAAAACUUGAUCUGGUUUUAUUCUGUAGUAUAAACACCAAUGCAUGCAGCAGAAUGCAGCACUGUAGCAUCAGUUAUACCAAUUUUUGGACUAGUGCCUGUCAGACUCUCUUGUAUUGUGCAAUAAAGCUAAAUACAUGAAAAAUAAAAAUGACAAGUCUUGAAAGUUUCAUACUGUUUCCCCUGACUCCAUAGGGAAAUAUACUAGCUCAGCCUAUAGAUCUCAAGCUAGACAAUUUAUUGAACAUAAAGAAUACUGCCUUAAUGUAAUCUUUUUGAGAUGGUAAUUCUCUUGAAACCUUAUCUCAGAAUUUAUGGAAUACUUAAGUAUAAAUUGUUUUUGUGGGAAGAAAAAAAGGCACUACAUUUCCUAGCUCAGCAGCAUAUAGGUGUUUCCUUUGCCAAGUGGAGAAGAGGGUGGAAGUUUAUAAAACCCUUCAGUUAAUUCUUUCUCCCCUGUAAAAUCAAGACUUUGAUUUUUGAAAGCUAGUCUUUGACACGAGUAUCCUCUAAAUGGAGAGGCAGGCAUUCCUCUAAUUUGUGAGUGGUCACUUGUCCACUAAGUCUGGCCAAGUGAGGUUUCACUCACCUCUGUCAAAAAUCUCUUCCAGAACCCUGAAGAAGCCACCUUCUUGGUGGAUAGGCAAGACAGUUGAUAAAGUUUCUUUGCUCUUUUAGUAAAAGACAUUUGGAUUUUUUUUUUCCAGUUAAGUUAUACUAAAGCCUUACUACUGUUCCGCAAUAAAGAAAACAGCUGCUUGUACUCCAGUCUCAGGUUUCAGUCAGUGUUUCAGGAAUGAAGAGGUUAGGUCACUAGUUUGUAAAGACAGCAAGGAAAAAAAGAAUAGCAAAGGAUUAAUGUGGUUCUGCAGGAACUGACAGCUGUAAAGUCUCUAACGAUAAAAUAUAUUAUCUUCAGUAGCCCGUGCUUCUAGAAAUGUAAUAUUCUUUGCAGGAUACUGCAGGCUGCAGUAUCUUUUUUAAAAAGUUAGUCUGCAUCUCCCCUGCAUUAUCAUUGAUUAAGCACCACCUACAAGAAUCUUCUAAUAAAGGAUACUUUGCUUUAAACAUGAACUUGACAGGUAACUUUUCAUGAAACUGAGUUUUGCCAAGAAAAUUUGUGUUCUGAGCUUAUAAAAAAUAACUAUUUUUAGAGUUCAGAUAGAGAAUAACAACUUUCUGAUUGUUGCUAAGGCAGAUGUGGGAAGAGGAACUAAACUAUUAUCCCAUAGCUUAUUAAGAAGUAGAAAUACUCUUUCAAGUUCUUGCGAAAAGAACAAAAAUAAGGCACAUAUUACUCAAGUCCAGGUUUCUUAUGAAGCAAGCAGCCCAUCUGGAGUAUUGGUUGUAUAUAUUGCCACAGUAUGCUAUAUGCCACAGCUCAUGCCAUGGAGAGUUGUGUUUCUGCUGCCCUGGUCUAGCUUUUUUCCAGUUAUUUGCCAAGCAGCACCUUAAAAACAAAGUACGCUCAUGGUUAAAAAAAGGAAAGAAAACCUUCAAAUCCUGCAAAUAACCAGAUAUGAGGUUAUAACUAGAUAAGAGAGGGCUGCCUCAGCCUGUCAGAUUCACAGCUGUGCUUCAGUCAGAGAUUAAAGAACAAAGAGGUGCCUGGUGCCUGCAGGGGGAGGAAGUUCUGCCUCCCUGUAUUCCCACA